AUGGUUGAAAUUAGAACAAACACUGAAGUCACUGAGAUUUCAGCGCUCGAGGAUCGUGGCGCAUAUUUAACAAAAGCCGUAGAUUUGUCAGCUGGUGGCAACGUAGAGAUUUUCGCCGAGGUAACUGUGAACGCCUCGUGGUACAACAUUGGCAAAUUCAACAAGAUGCUUAGUAUUUCCGCUUUCACAAGGAAAAGAUGCAACAGAAUCAAAGCAGUUAUCACGGUGCAGCUGCCCGAAGCUCUCGUCCACAUGCCUUCAAUGUUCUUCUGUAUGGGACCCUUCGGCAUGUUUUCUAACAAAGGAAACAGAGUUGGAAUGUUGACUUAUGCACCAGAGACAAACAUGGCCGUGAGUACCUCUGAAGAACUGGAACCAGAAUUCGAGCAUAUAUUCUUCAAUCUCUCAGAGGACGAGAAAUGCGCCAAGGGUAAAAAAAUAUUAGCCGGUGUGUCGAAAUACAUUCCUAAAUUGAAACAAGCCAAAGUGACAAAUGUAAAGCUUGGCAUUAUCCAAACAUUUAUGGACGAAGAUACAAUAGAUUUCGGUUUCAAAGUCGGAAACUUAGAUUUGUUGCACGAUCCACAUGUUGGAGGUAUUUACAAGAGAAAUUACAGUGGAGUGGAGGAACCUCGGCCAGGAUAUAUAAUCAAUGCAUGUAUGAAGCUAUUGUAUUGUUUUGAUAAUGCCGAGAUCGUAAAGGACCUGAUUUUAUCGAAAUCUGCAGAAGGUUCUGGUACUGAAAGCAAUUAAGGGGGACACGUUGGUUUAAAAUGUUAAAAUGUGACCUCGAUAAAUUGGCUUCAAAGUGCGCCACAAUUAGUUUAUUCUUGUUCUGGUUGCUGUCCGCCUUUAAAAGAAAUCUCGGCUUGAGAUGUCUAGUAUUGGACAAUAUAUACGCGACAUUUGUGCGCUCUGUUUGGCUAAUUUUCUCGAAGAAACAAAAUCGACUGUCAGGUUUCUACGCACGAAUGAAUCAGACUGAACUGGUCAGUCUUAACGGGCCAUGUCCAUUUGGGUGUGUUAAUUUUUGCACAUGACUUUCGGCCGUUAAGAGCCAACCAUCGCCAUAAAGUUAAACCAUUGCUUACAAAGCUAAACACUUUUAAGUAUUCUUUCUUUGUAAAUUGGUCAACGAAUGGAAUAAUCUACCUUAAGACGUUGCGGAGGCAGAAGUCUGAACAUUUUAAAGAACAGACUCAGAUGCCAUUUUACUAAUGUUUUACGAAAUUUCUGAACUAUUGUAUUCUGAAUUUUAUUCAGAAAUAAAUAUGCAUUUUUGAUUAUUUUAGGAGACAAACUUGAAAAGGAUACCCUAUUUUUUGUUUCCUUUUCACCUAUCAUUUGAAUUUGAAUUGUUAAUGAACAGUUAUGUAAACUAGACUACUUAUCUUUACUUUCAUUUCCAGGAAAAAUUUAACCCCAAUCUUCGACCUUUUCCCGCAGUUAAACUUGUGAAAAAUAAAUCAAAUUCAUAUAAAUCUUUUUUGGUGAUUGAGAUCGAAGCGUAAAAUGAGUUAACCUGUGCACGUGUUGAAAGACAUAAGACACAAUUAUCCAAGAAAAACUUGCAAACAAAAUUUGUCCCUGAUUUGUGACGUUUUUAGAGCACUUAUUUCUUGAUUAAACAGUCUG